AGACCGAAGAUGAUAGACGUUUGGCAAAACUCAACUGAAACUUUUCUUUGGAAAAUGUUAAAGUUGACGAUGGAAAGCUCCUCAUAUAACUUUACAUUCGAAUGUGACUGCUGGAUUGGAAAUAGCCACAACAAGACUACCAUAUCCCCAAAAGAGGAUAUGUGGGCCUUAAAGACAACAACUGGAAGCGAGGAACCUGAUGGUGACUCUAAAGCAAUAUUCGGCAUUACUGUGUGGGACAGUACCGGUGUUAGCAAUACAGUGCAUUUUCAUGGCGUUUUUGAACUUGGAGAAAACGUCACAUUAUACUUGACAAUACAUGUCAAUGAUCCCGUUAGAUAUCAACUGUGGCAAGAUAGUCGACGGGAUUAUUGGGAAUGCAAAAAGAGACGUAUAGACGGCGACACCUACUUUUAUAGAGGAUUUGACGAAUAUAGAGACGGCUUUGGUGACGUUAACCACGAGUUUUGGUUAGGAAACGAACAAUUGCACGCCCUCCUGUUCGGAGGUGAAAAUGAACUGAGAGUUGACAUGGAGGAAUCAAAAACAACAAUGCCUAUGCCAAAUACAACCUCUUUGACUUUGGGGACGCCGCAAAUAAGUACCGACUGA